UUAACAAAACAAAGGAAAAAAGGGGAAAAAUUAACGCAAUUAAGUUAAGCGUAGUUAAAAAACCUAGAUAAUCGUCAAAACACAGAAGUGAGUCACGGAAAAAGCUUUUUGGCCACAUUACAAUGGCAGAUAUCCCCAAAGAUGCACAAUUGCCGCCGAGCUACGAGGAAGUAAUGAAUACCACCUCCUCGCAAGAUUCCCGGUUGAUUGUGGGCGUACAUCAUGGAGCACCCACUGCUCCGCCCCCGAACUUGCACAUGCCCACUUAUGGAGCUUUCGAGACGACGCCGGUUAGUGUGGUGAUUCAGCCCCCUCCGGUGGCUAUGCCCACGGAGAUCAUCGUGAUUGGAGGAUGUCCGGCCUGCCGGAUUGGCUAUCUGGAGGACACCUAUUCCGCCUGCGGCCUGGUCUGCGCCAUCUUCUUCUUCCCCCUGGGAAUCCUCUGCUGCUUGGCCAUGAAAGAGAAACGCUGCUCCAACUGCGGAACGGUCUUCUAGAGGAGAUUACCCAAACAAAUCACUUGAAAAUACAAACCCCUUCGCCUUCGGGACAGGAUUACCUAAUAACCAACUGCGAAACGGUCUUCUAGAGGAGAUUUUACACAAGUACACCUAAAAAUAAAAUUCCCUUGGCUUUUAGGAAUUUGUGGAGGAGUCACCCCCAAAAAUCACUCGAAAAUACAUACCCUUGGUUUUUGGAACGUUUUCUAGAGAAGACAGGGUUUUCUUGAAAAGAUUCCCCAAAAAAAUCAGCUAAAAAUCAAUAUUCCCUAUACUUUCAGUGCCGCCACCUGUGACUAUUCCUUUAUGGGGACUGUUUUUUUUAUGAUAUCACAAGUUUUAAUACUUUUGUUAUUGUUAAUCAUUAGCUCACAAAUCAUUAAAUAUUAUGUGUAAAUAUUAAUCAUGGCUGUUUGUGGUGUGCCCCCGAUUUCCAGUCACUGUCCGGCGAUUUCAUAUAAAGAGAACGGUCAUGUACAGUGUAACUUGCCUAAAUCGGACCCUAAAAUUGUAUCUUAUAGACAUUUAAUAAAACAAAAUCGUGAUUAGGCAUAAAAAAAGAGUGUGCAAUAAGCAUAAGAUUUAAAUCAGAAAAAAAUGUAUUUUAUUAAAAGCAGAACAGCUAUGUUCUUAGAUUUUGCAUGCCAAGGUUUUGAUUAAUUAAAUUGUAUUUUCAAAAGAUAAAUAAAAAUUAUAUAUAUUAUUAAAAUUGUAAA